AUGGUCCAUAUUGAAGAGAAAUAUCAGGUACCCCGAGACUUUGAAGGUUUCGGGGAAGAAGGCUUUGACCCAAAAUGGCCGAACGGCGCUCGUAUAGCUGUGUCAUUUGUUCUGAACUACGAGGAAGGUGGCGAGCGUAGCAUUCUUGAUGGUGACAACAUGUCCGAGCCAUAUCUGUGGGAAAAGGGAGCGUCCGGCGGCUACAAGGAGAACGCUCGUUAUCUGAAUGCCGAGCAAGACUUUGAAUAUGGAAGCCGCUCUGCUUCCUGGCGAUUGAUCCGACUGUUCAAAGAAUUCGGUUGGAACUUUACGACUUUUGCGGUCGCUUUAGCAUUGAAGAAGAACCCCACUUUUGCGAAAGCACUGGUUCGUGAUGGUCAUGAGAUUGCUGCUCAUGGAUACAGGUGGCUUGAUGUGUGGGAUUAUAAUCUUGAAGAAGAUAAGGAGUAUAUUAAGAAAACGCUACUCUUGCUGAAGGAAGUGAGCGGCGAAAUACCCGUGGGUGCCUACUUCGGUCGCGGAACACCACAAACACACAUGUUAUUUCCAGAAGUAUGGAAAGAACUAGGUGCAGAGUUUCUUUGGUCGUCUGAAGUCUAUAACGACGACGUCCCAUACUGGCUGGAUCUUCCGUGGGAGAAGUCGUUGAAGGAAGCGGAACGAACGGGCAUGUUGCUCAUUCCAUACAAUUACGAUUGCAACGAUGGCAAAUUCCACAUGGCCCCCGGGUUUGGCAGUAGUGUAGGUGAGACCUACGAGAACUACCUGAAAAACACAUUCGACAUGCUCUACCGCGAAGGUGGAAAACUGAUGAACAUUCCUCUUCACACACGUAUUAUCGGAAAGCCUGGUCGAUGUGAGGCGUUGAGGAAAUUCAUGAAAUACAUUUCCGAGAAACCCGGUGUCUGGGUUACCACGAGGAGGGAUAUUGCCAAGCAUUAUAAUGAGAAAUUUCCUUAUCAGCCUGAUGGGAAAUGGAUAGAGACAGCUAAGGAGGCUGAGCAGGCAGAUUAA